CGGGGUUGUAACGGUCAUUCACGAGGGCAGAAAUAUAGUGUGCCUCUGAUUUAUCAAUGAUAAUGUUGCGUGCAACAGUUUGAUAAACGACAAUAAUUUGUUGUGCACGGAAAUCCUGUAGAGAUACRGAAGAGUCAAAGGGACGGGCUGCACCAAUAGCACACUGCUCUUGCCAUCURUGUGCUUGACUUUCUCCUCCCACCACUCUUGUGUGAGAAUUGCAGCGAGCCACCAGCCUAGGAAAAUCGGUUAUCCGAAUACUCCGUGGAAAGGGGGUGGCAAAGAAGAGCGAUUAGGCUGAAGAUAACUGUUUGGUGGGGAAAGACGAUUUCGUUUGGAAAAGUUUCUAAAGUUUAGUUCACAAUGUCUUUGUCGGUACCCCAGAAUGGAAUCAAGGCGGAUAACGAGCCCGUUAUCGAGCUCUUUGUGAAGGCGGGAAGUGAUGGCGAGAGCAUCGGGAACUGUCCGUUCUCACAGAGACUCUUCAUGAUCCUGUGGCUAAAGGGAGUGGUGUUCAACGUCACCACAGUGGACCUGAAGAGGAAGCCUGCAGACCUCCAGAACCUGGCCCCAGGCACACACCCUCCCUUCAUCACCUUCAAUGGGGAGGUAAAGACCGACGUCAACAAGAUCGAGGAGUUCCUAGAGGAUGUCCUCAGCCCACCCAAGUUCACCAAGCUUGGCACCAGACACCCGGAGUCCAACACAGCUGGGAUGGACAUCUUUGCCAAGUUCUCAGCCUUCAUCAAGAACUCCAAACCAGAUGCCAACGAGGGUCUGGAGCGUGGGCUGUUGAAGACCCUGCAGAAGCUGGAUGAGUACCUGCGCUCCCCACUGCCUGASGAGAUCGACCACAACAGCAUCGAGGACAUCAAAAUCUCCACUCGCAAGUUCCUGGACGGUGAUGAGAUGACACUGGCUGACUGCAACCUCCUGCCCAAGCUGCACAUCGUCAAGGUGGUGACCAAGAAGUACAGAGGCUUUGACAUUCCCAAGGAUAUGACGGGCAUCUGGCAGUACCUGCAGAACGUCUAUACGUGUGAGGAGUUCACCAAACACCUGCCCCAGCGACAAAGAGUUGAGAUCGCCUACCAAGACGUGGCCAAGAGGCUGGUCAAAUAGGGCUAUCCCCCCCCCCCCCCCCCCCCGGCACUGGGACUGGUCUGUUCCGAACGAGAAAGAACUAUGGACUACCUUUCCUUCACUCAUUUAAAGCAAAACCUAAUGCAUAAUUCUUGUUCUACCGUUUCCCUUUUUUAUUUUUAGAAGAUUUUUGAGUACAUGAGCUCAAAGGUCCAUUGGUUGUUACUUUGUUUUCUUUUUGUUCUGAUGAUUGUUUCUGACUGGCGAGCGGUCGAGCUACCUGCCAGAUUGGACGCAGGCUAGUGUGUAUCCGAGCUUAUCAGUUUUGGAGGGCCAUCGACACACACUAAAGUGGCCUUCCAGCUGACACUCUGUUUCCAACGGGAAUAUGGUCACAAGUGUUUUUUUUUUCUUUUUUCUUCUGUUGUCUGUUCAAUAUUGAUUUGCAUUUCAUGCUUGCCUUGAAAGUAACCAUUCAAGACUGAUUUGUUUGUGUUGGCUAAGGAGUUGGUUUAACAGUGUUGAAAGCUUCGAGUGUUUUUGGUCUCUAGGAGUAAAUGAGGGCAGGUUUCACUGCAUGUACUGCAUUAGACGCUAGGCCAAACCACAGUUGACAUAUCCACGCGAUAUGCUUCAUUUUACUGUUGCGUUGCUUGAGUCAAUUGGUAUAACUAAUAUACAGGUAAGGCUACCUGUUGGACAUGCUCUGAUACCAUUUACUCCAUAACAUUGUAUGUGGACACAUGGGUGCAAACAUCCAUGACAUUAUGCUACCUGAGCUGAGUCUACAGUAGGCUUAGAUGUACCUGUGCCAGGUCUUAGAUGUUUUCAGCUCAGACAAGGGAACCUAAAAUGCGUGAAAUAUUAGAUACUAUGUAGCAAACAAAACCACCUUUAGCCUUGUAUGGGAAUACAAACUGUCCUUCAUCACAGCAUUGCCUCAUAUUCACUGCUCCAUAUAGACACUGACUCGUAUCACUGCCUCCAUUAGACACUGACUCGUAUCACUGCUCCAUAUAGACACUGACUCGUAUCACUGCUCCAUAUAGACACUGACUCGUAUCACUGCUCCAUAUAGACACUGACACUCUUGGCAGUAAUGCUCAUUUUGCCCAAAAUGAACAUUUUUUUUCUCUCUCCUGUACAGUACGAAGGGAAAUGUUUAGCUUGUGUUGUGCUGGCAGCAGUGGUACUUUUAUAUUACACUUCAGCCACCGAAAAGGGGACAUUUUAUUCGGGUCUCACUGUGGAUUGAAUGACUCCUGUUAUCUAAACUAGUGAAGUAACAAAAACACACUCGCCAUCUUUCUAUCGCAUACAGAAGAACCCUGAUCAGCCAUCAGAAAUGGUGACACUAAAGAUAUUUAUGAGAAUAGGCAUCGGGGCGAGGAGACUGGUAAUGUUAUGACUAUCAUUUAAGAUUUCAUUUUCUCAUUAUUUAGAAUGCUUUCAAAGGUAGUGAGUGUAUUCUGUCAGUUUCAAAAUGCUUUAGUGUGGCUAAAGCCAAAAUAUGUAUCGUUUUUGUUUUUUCUCCCCUUUGCCAUCCUUUCGGACAUUUGUUGUAGUACAAAUUUGAUAAAAGGAUUUGUAAAUAUUUGUUUUGAUUAUUCAGAGUUCAAUGUGUAAAUUGUAUACAUUCAUUGGUUGGUUUGAAUUGGGGGGUGGUGUAAGCCUUUUUUACCUGCUUGGGUUUUAGUACUAGAAGACAUCUCCUCUGGCCUUUAUUUGUUUUCUCCUGCUCAGACGGUUUUAAAAAUCACUGCAAAUACGACAUGUGUAUGUCAAUUUCAGAAGAAAAGAUCCAGGCUAUGUCAUGGCUUUUUUUUUUUUUAAACAAUAUUGACAUUAUUGAAAUAAACCUAUUAUUGGCACUGGUUUGUGGGUGUGAUUUGCCUGGGGGUUGUUCCAGAAAAGAGGAUCAAUGAGUUAGCCAGCUAACUGUCCUAAAAAUGCAAAAAAUAACCCUAUUUUUGAGGAAUAUAGAUUUGGAAUUGGCAUGCUAUAAUUUACUUAUUAAUCAACAUCCCAUAUUCAAGACAAGUUAAGCUUCCUAAAUGAAUCAGACAAUCAAGAUAUAUUUAACUGCUUACCAUAGUUAGCUGGCUAACUUAAUGAUCCUGCUUUCUGGAACACCCCACUGGACUAAUGACCUAGUGCUAUGUUCAGUGGUGUAAAGUACAUAAGUAAUACUUUAAAGUAUUUUGACUUAAGUUGUUUUUGCGGGUAURUGUACUUUACUAUUUUAUAUUUUUGGACUACUUACU